UCCUCCCCAUGCUGCACAGCCCUGGCUCUCAGCCUGUCCUCACGGGGAGGUGUUCCAUCCCUUGGGUCAUUUCUGUGGGCUUCCUCUGAACAAAUAUUAGGCAGCAAAUACACUUUUUAAAUUUUCUGGGAUACGUUCACCCUUGCCAUGAUUACACUGCAGUGCACAGUCAUCAUCGGCAUCAAAAAUUGUACAGAGACAUCAACAAUGACAAAUGUAGCAUUCUUGAUGUCAGGAAGCCAAUCUUUAGAAGUAAUCUGAAUGAGAACAGAACAAUGGCCCGGAUCAGGAAAGAGCCCCAGCACAGGAAAACAGAUGGGUGUUGGCAUAGAGUCAGGAGUGGAAAAGAAAGCAAAUGAAUCAUUAGUAAUUUAAGAAGAAAAUGAAAUAGUGACAGAGGACAACACAGUGUGGAAUGCAGAAGCAAGCUGUAAUAAAUAAAAUAUGCAGAUGGAAAAAAAUGUAAAUCCAGAAAAGUAGCGACAGAAUUAAACUGAAUCCAAGGAUGGUGAGUGACUCAGUUCAAGUGGCAGGGAGGAAAAUCAAUCGUCUGCCUCAAAAGCUGCCCAUCCACGUGACACUCAGGUCUGCACUCAUAUGGAGCCCUGCCCAUGCAAAGCAAACACCUGCAGCUUGCUCACGGAACAGCCUGCUGUUUGCUUCAGUUACAAGGCAUAAAUGCAGGACAAUGCUGCUGCCUUCAAAUGAAAGCAGAAGUAAAAUAGGAGCUCUCUGCUCACCUGCACAACAGGCAGGAACACACAGAAAUAAGUGACCUAGAAUCAAAUUUAGUAACAUAUUCAUUAGAACAACAUCCAUCCCGCAGCUGUAAAAAUCUUGUAUCAAAGCAGCACUAAAGAAACAAAGGAAGCUUACUAAACCAGGAAACAAAUCUUGACAGGCAAAGAACAGCAGCUUAACCACCACAGGUGGCUGGAGGUAGGAAAGAAAAUCCUGUUUGUAUUCCCGUCUCGUAGCACCGGGCACCUGUACACAGCCAAAGGAACCUGCCUGCUGUCCCUAGCACAAGUGGAGCAAAGGCACCACCUUUGGGAAAGAUCCUUCUGCAGCUGAGCUGCCAAACCACAGCAAGAAGCAGUGACUUUCUUUUUCAUCAAGCAGCUUGGACAAGAAAGCUUGCAAUAUUCACUGGUGUGGAAACUCUGAACCAUCAUCCUUAAAAGCCAGUGAAGGAAAUAAGAUAUUUACCGUAAGAUUUUUACUACAGCCCUGAGCUGGAGCUGCCGAGAUGGUAAUUAUAGCUUUAUUCUUUUUCCUUUGGUUGAUAUUUAUUUGUUCAUUCUGCCAGAUUGCAAAAAACUCACCUGCUAACUCUGGAAAAGUAGGGCUGUUUUUAUCAUGCAGCCUCUCCUGUCUGGGGUAAGAGGGCAGAAGCCAGAUAAAUAUUUUUGCCUCGUGUUUUUAGCAAAAAGGCUGGUUUGUAAACUCAGAAUGGCUUUCAGGCAGUAAGAAAGCUUUGUUCUCUGCGUUAUGGAUCAACAUUCCAAUCCAGGCUACGAGUUUCAGUACAUUUUGGAAGAGGCUAUCUACUGUUAUUUUUGCACCUUAUGUGGAAAGGCAAUCAAAGGAUUAAAUUGCAAUACUACUUUCACUUUUUUAUCCAGGAUUGUCAGCUCCACAGCACAUAACCAGGGAGAAUUCUAACAGAACAUGAACCCAGGAGAGAAAAUUUUCCAAGAAUAUCUGACAAACCAGGGGACUGUGGUAAAGCCCUAUCGCUGGCAGACGCAGAGCCAAACCUGUUCUAAGUGUCCCUAUCACAUACGGACAGGUGAAGAAGCAAGAGUUCCUUACGCAGAGUUUCUCAGGGCCUUUGGAUUCCCAUGCAGAAGCACAGCACAUGCACAAACGCACCACCUUCUCUUCUAUGAACUGAGGAGCUUCUCUGGCACCGUAGUCCAAAAAGGCCACGCCAGCAGCUGUGUUGAACAGGACAGCCACCCGGAAUCCAUGCUGUUUGAGGCAGACGGUUAUCUGGAUGCAGUGAUACGUGCCUACGGAAACACUGGCUGCAUCACCCUCUAUUCAAAUUACUCUCCUUGUAACGAGGCUUACCACUGCUGCAUAAGUAAAAUCUACAACUUCUUGCUGAAGCACCCAGAAACCACGCUCUGCCUCUACUUCUCCCAGCCUUACCACAUCGAGGACAGCUUCCCCACGGCCGCUUGGAACCGCCAAGCCCUGCGCAGCCUGGCCAGCCUGUGGCCAUGGGUCACACUACAACCACUGCCCAUGGGGACUCGGUGUCACCUCCUCUCCAACUUCGUGUAUGGCAUCCCGGGGUCAACGCUUCAGCAUCCAGCUUCACCACCAGGAACCGUAUCAGAUGGACAGAAUCCACACCAAAUUAACAACUUAAGAGGAGUGAAAACCUAUUGUAGGAAAGCAUUUCCACAAACAACACACAAAGAGCCUGCUGUGCAGCAAAACCCAAAGGCUUUUUCUUUUUCUCGCCCUGCCUUCCAGCAACCUUUACCAGCGAAAAAGGGCAGUCUACCACAUCCUGUGUCUCAAAGACACUCGGUGCUUUUUCCAGGCUUGUUUCUGCCCUCCCAGAGGGAACGUCUCCACCCCAGACCUAUAAAUAUUGUAAGGCAUUUAAAAAUGCCAAAGGAGUUAAUUAAUAUAAGUCGUAAUCCUGAAGCGCUGUCGGCCAGCAGGAACUGACAGCAAAGGUGACAGAACCUGAACCACCUCCAGGCUGUAAAACCAAGAGUACGAGCAGCCAAAAACCCCACCCUGAUAUUGCUUCUGAUGAAUGUUAAUCCAGGGAGCAACUGUGGAACUUGAAAAAUAACUGAUUGUGAGGAUAACGGUACGAGUGCUGUGUUCAGUUCUGGGCAAGGAAGACGCUGAGCUUCUGGAGUGCGUCCAGAGAACGGCAGGGAGCUGUGCGGGGUGCGAUAGGGAGAAGCUGAGGGAACGGGAUGGGGCGGCGUGGUGGAGAGGAGCUCAGGGGAGACUUCAUUGCUUUUUCCCACUGUCUGAAAGGAGGCUGUGGUGAGGUGGAGUCAGCCUCUGCUCCCGGGUAACAGAGUAAGAAUCGAUGGCCUGAAGCUGCACCGAGGGAGGUUCAGGUUGGGUACGAGGAGCGGUGACACAGUGGCAUGGGUUGCCCGGGGAGCUGCGGGUAGCUAAGCAGCGCUCCUCCCACGGCUGAGGGAGCGGCGCUCGCCCCGUCACCACAGAAACGGCGCGCGGGCGGCGGGAAGGGCGCGCCGGGCUGACCAAUGGCCGCUCGCCUCACCCCGAGCUGUCUUCUCGCGUCGCG